AAGAUGAACAAAUACUCAUUUCACUCCUCUCCUCCACUCCCACUUUCACUUCUCCAAAUCUUCCAAUUUCAUGGACUCAAUCUUCUCUCCAAAACCUCACACGCUUUCUUUAAUUUCUUGCUCUCCAAUCUCAUCUUCUCUCAUUCCUCGCCGCCACCAAUGCCUUUCCGGUUCUAUCCAGAAUAAUUUACGGUCCCCUGGCCUUCUUCGCUUGCGGAGGAAAUGCCGAAAUAUUGGCUUUCAAUUCAGCGCUCAUUCUUCGCGAUUUGUCCUCAGAGCUUCUCUUGAUUCGCAAUCGGUUGUGGUUGUUGCUGCCGUUGUCACUAUCUCUGCUCUUACAAUCAUCUUUUUUGAAUUUUCCAAACGAAAUGCCAAUAUUAAGGAGAUUUCAGCUGAGCUAACUCUUGCUUUGCGGCGACAAAUAAGACAUGUGAUGAACUGGUUUCCACGUCAUGUAUUUGCUCUUAUAAACAUACAGGAGGAGAAAUCCAUCGAAACUCCAAUGAAGGAAGUAUCCAAAGUCAGCAAUGAGCGUGAGAAUGGGGGGACUGAUGUGCAACUAGGUGGAACCUAUUUGAUGCAAACCGUCAUUACCAACAAAAUUGAGUCUGCAGAUGCUAAUCAGAUGGCUUCUAGUUCCGGUGGAUCUUUGACCUUAGGAGCACCUGGAUCUAACACACAUGCUGAAUCAGAUGUAAUACCAUCAUCUUUUGUGGCAGAGUUGCACAACAAUUAUCUGCAGGAACAUCUACAGGGAACUAAAACGAGUAACAGAUUGACUACAGAGGAAGUCAGUUCAGAGCAUAGUGUUGGUUUGUUUCCUGCAAUCAACAUAGAUAAAGGAAUUGAAGAAACCAAGAAAACAGACCAUGCACUCAUGGUGGACGGCGGACUUAAGAUAGCCCAUAAACAUGUUGCAGAGGAUGAAGUUAGUAUCCAUAAUCUUAUUUUCAGGGAUUCUGCACGCAAAGAGUUGUACUCGUUCUUUGAGGCAUCUACCAAAAAUCUAAAUGGUCAAAAAGCAUUGACUUCUCAUGCUUCCGGUGAACGCAUUAGUGUCUUUUCACACACCUCAAAAGUUUCUUCAAUACAAGCAGAGGAUUUUAAGGAGAAAAGGCCUCAUGGAUGUUAUAAAGAAGGACCAUUCAAUAACAAGGACAUUGGGAAAAGAAAGCACCAUUUCACUAAGAAGGAAAAGAGCAUUCUAUUGGACAAUGGUAACACAAAGCAGUUUCCGAUUCCUAAUCCAAAGGGGAUCCAAGUGUGUGAUGGACCUCAACCAUCCGAUCAAUUCAGAGCUUAUCGCCAUUUCCUCAGAGAGGGCAGGUUGAUGGACUGCAUAGAAAGGCUUGACAAUAUGGAAAGGCACGGUUCAUUGAAUAUGGAUAAAGUGUAUCAUGCUGGUUUCUUCCAAGCCUGUAAAAGUCAAAAGGCGGUGAAGGAAGCUUUCCGUUUCACCAAGCUUAUCCAAAAUCCAACUCUAAGCACAUUCAAUAUGCUCUUGUCUGUAUGUGCAAGCUCACGGGAUUUGGAGGGUGCUUUUCGAGUGCUUCAACUUGUCCGUGAAACUGGACUGAAACCUGAUUGCAAGCUCUACACUACUCUUAUAUCAACUUGUGCAAAAGCUGGGAAAGUUGAUACCAUGUUUGAGGUUUUUCAUGAAAUGGUCAAUGCUGGAGUUGAACCAAAUGUUAAUACAUAUGGUGCACUUAUUGAUGGGUGUGCUAAAGCUGGACAAGUUGCAAAGGCCUUCGGUGCCUAUGGUAUAAUGAGAUCUAAGAAUGUGAAGCCAGAUCGUGUUGUAUUCAAUGCUCUUAUCACAGCUUGUGGUCAAUCAGGAGCAGUGGAUCGUGCAUUUGAUGUCUUAUCUGAGAUGAAAGCAGAAGCACGACCAAUAGAACCUGAUCAGAUUACUAUUGGGGCUUUGAUGAAGGCAUGUGCAAAUGCCGGUCAGGUUGAUCGAGCUCUGGAUGUUUACCGUAUGAUUGAUAAAUAUGAUAUCAAGGGCACAGCAGAGGUUUACACGAUUGCUGUAAAUUGUUGUAGUCAAAAUGAUAACUGGGAUUUUGCGCGCAGCAUUUAUGAUGACAUGACUAGAAAAGGUGUUUAUCCAGAUGAGAUGUUUAUCAGUGCGCUGGUAGAUGUGGCAGGGCACGCUGGUAAGUUGGAUGCUGCAUUUGAUGUUCUAGAAGAAGCCAGGACUAAAGGCAUAAAUGUGGGAUCUAUGUCAUAUAGCUCAUUGAUGGGAGCCUGUAGUAAUGCAAAGAACUGGCAGAAGGCACUAGAAUUGUAUGAGGAUAUUAAAGGCGUCAAGUUAAAACCAACCGUUUCAAUGAUGAAUGCAUUGGUAACUGCAUUAUGUGAUGCCGAUCAAUAUCAGAAGGCUCUGGAAAUUUUUUCUGAAAUGAAGAGAGUGGACCUAUGCCCUAACACCAUUACAUACUCCACUCUGUUAGUGGCAAGUGAAAAAAAGGAUGACUUGGAUAUUGGCCUCAUGCUUCUUUCUCAUGCUAAAAAGGAUGGCGUUUCCCCAAACCUUGUUAUGUGCAGAUGUCUUCUUGCUAUGUGCUUAAGAAGAUUCCAGAAAGCUUGUACACUUGGUGAGCCUGUCUUGUCUUAUAACUCUGGUCGCCUGCAGCUUGACAGUAAAUGGACAUCGUUGGCCUUAAUGAUCUACAGGGAAACAAUUGCAGCUGGUGUGGUGCCCACAAUGGAUGAGCUAUCACUAGUUCUGGGUUGCCUACAGCUUCCUCGCGAUGCAUCACUGAAAGAAAGACUUAUUGAGAAUCUAGGAUUAACUGUUGAAACGUCAAAGGGCUCAAACCUGUGCUCUUUGAUUGAUGGAUUUGGUGAAUAUGAUCCCCGUGCCUUUUCAUUGCUUGAGGAGGCAGCUUCACUUGGGACCAUCCCUUUGACUUCUUUAAAAGGAAAUCCUGUUGCUGUCGAUGCGAGGAAUUUGCACAUUCAUACAGCUCAGGUAUAUCUUUUGACUGUCCUAAAGGGUCUCAAGCAUCGUCUGGCUGCAGGUGCAAAAAUACCAAACAUAUCCAUUCUACUCCCUGUAGAGCAGUCACAUAUUCAGACACCCACUGGCGAGAAAACAAUUAAGAUUGCUGGAAGGAUUAACCGGGCAGUUGCAGCACUUUUGAGGAGGCUUGGCUUGCCUUAUCAAGGGAAUGAAUCAUAUGGGAAGAUUCGAAUCAAUGGUGUUAUUGUGAAAAGGUGGUUCCAGCCGAAGCUCGAAUCCCCUUUCAGUUGGGAACAGACAAAUCUGAGCUUCUCCCAGACACGGCUAAGAAAAGGAAUAAGCCAUCAGCAGCGUAAUAUUCGAACAAGCAAUUUGUCCUUAGAUUAGGAGACAUACAAGGAGGCUAAUAAAAACUAGGUAUCACAUUUUCUUAAUUACUUGAUGCUCUGGUUUAUCACCAUGAUACAAGAGAGUGCUGUAGCUGCCAGUUGACAUUUUAAGGGAACUUGGAGAACUGGCUUGGUACCGUUUCUUGAUGCUGGAGGAGAAAGAAGCAAGAAAAAAGCAUCCAAACUGAGGGAGCCCUUGUACUGCAAUCCGUGCUCGUCAAUUUUGGACCAAGUAUUUAUACAUGAUGAUCAUAUGAAGUGCCACUGUGUUGUUCAUGUGCAGUUUUGUAAUAUUGAGUCGGGCUAUGAUGAUUAGUCAUAUGUGGCUGUUUGAGAUAGACGAGUAAAUGUUAUCAAAUCAAUAUAUAAAUAAAUAAAUUAUAUAGGGAUCUUUUUUUCCA